CGCGGGCGGCGGGCUGGCGGCGGCCGAGGAGCCUUAAAAUGGAAGAUGAGGAGGUCGCCGAGAGCUGGGAGGAGGCGGCCGACAGCGGGAAGCACCCUCUGAUUGUGUGAACUGGACUAGAGGACCUUGUGACAUCCCUUUCAGCUCUACUUCCCCAUGAUCCUAUGAACCAGACCUGCUUGGUGUGGCAUGGUUUUGAACUCCAGACAAAAAAGAUGUCCGUGGAAAUAGAUAGACGGUUGGAAAAGAAACUGAAGAUCACACAAAAAGAAAGUAGUAGAAAAUCAAAAUCUCCUCCCAAAGUGCCGAUUGUGAUUCAGGACGACAGCCUUCCCUCAGGUCCUCCCCCGCAGAUCAGGAUCUUAAAGAGGCCCGCAACUAAUGGCGUGCUCAGUAACCCCAACUCUGCGAGCAGACCAGCCUUUCCCGUGAAGUCUCUGGCACAAAGGGAGGCAGAAUACGCAGAAGCCAGAAAACGAAUUCUGGGCAGCGCGAGCCCAGAAGAGGAACAGGACAAACCCAUUCUAGACAGGCCAACAAGGAUCUCCCAGCCAGAAGACAGCAGACAGCUCAACAAUGUGAUUAGGCAGCCACUGGGUCCUGACGGUUCACAAGGCUUCAAACAGCGCAGAUAAAUGUGGGCGAGAGAUCAUGCUGCCGAAAGCAGGGUCAGCUGCCACGGGUUGCACUGCCGUGGUGGACAAAUGGACUUGAGCAAAGGGAACUACCUGGUUUACUUGCACUGUGAGCCCCUUUGCUCUGCCCACUGUGACCUUGAACCCCAUGCACUGUGACCCCCCCACCCCCCCCAUUCCACCCACUGUGAUUGGCACACCGACAAGGGCUGUCCCAAGUCACUGUAAAAGGAAGGGGGGGCGUUAAGGACUCAAACAGGUGCAGUGUGUUGUGUGUGCCACUUCAGCCGAAGCUAGCGCCAGCAAUAAUGUUUGUACUUAUUAACCUGGGAUUUAAAACAAAGAUGGGAAACUUCCCCCAAAGCGCAUGUUGUCUUCAUCACUUCAGAGCAAGUUCUGUUUCAAAGAUUUUUUUUUUGUUUGUUUGUUUAGUUUUUGUUUUGGUUUGGGUUUUUUUGGGGCGGGGGGGGCUUUGUUUUAUAUAUCAGAUCAACUUUAAACCAAGUGCAUGGGAAGGGUUUUAACCGUUUAGUUUGUUUUAAUUGAGAGAGGUAGUUGAUAGCAUUCUAAGAAAAGGAGUUUCAACGACUUUCCGCCAGGAUUUGGCAAGCUUAGCUUCCUGAUCUGUAUUUCCACUGCUGCCAAGCCAAUGGAAGAGGACUCCCAGGCUUUCUAAUUGCCUUGGCCCUGGAAGCUGAUGGAGUCCAGUGGCCUAGUUCACUUACUGCACCUGUUAUAAGCUUGACUAGUUUUCUGCUGGCUUGAGGAAGGAACAUCCUUUCGUAUCUGGGGGGAAGGGAGCGUAGACGGAUCCCACGGAGACCUCCUGCGGCCUCCGAGAAAGCAGGGUGAAGGAAUAGGGCUCUGUUGCAUCCAGGUUUACAAGCUAGGAAUAGACUAGUUCAGUACUGUACUGGCCCAUGGCAAAUGUGGCAACGAGCUAUGCUCUGUAAAGCCUGUGCUUGUCGAAUGGCUGCCAUACAGUAGGAGGCAGGACAGCCACCAGGUACAAACCUUGAAGCAGUGUGGCUUGUGAAGGACUGAUGGCUCUAAUCUUUCAGUGAUGGUACAAUUCAGUGCUGUACCUGAUGCAUUUACUUCUAGGAAUCAUAGACACCGGGAACAAACCCUGUUCAAUAAACUUUGGAAAAACUCCCUGUUUUCAUGCAUUGCUGGUGGUAACAAGUGGCUUUUUGCUAGGCUUCAGGCAACUGCUCACUUUUUUUGCUUCUCUAAACCCUGGAAAGAGAAAGGGGUCUGAGGUAGGGUUUCAUCUGGCAGUCUGAAAACCUUCCUGGAUUCCAGCCAUGGAAGAGAAAUUUAAGGUACCACCAAAUUUAUUGUUGCAGUACAUUGUCAAAUACAAUUGCUCCACGGUCUCUCCUGUGUCCUACACUGUCUGGUUUUGUUUUGUUGCAUUGCCUAACUCUUAUGGUAGAUGAGAAAACUGACCUACCCUUCAUGGUAAUUGUCUUGAGGGAUUAGAUGAACACUAAGAUGUCUUUCUGAUGGGACAAAGAGAAGGCAUCUUGUAUGUUGGAAAGACUCCAGUCCUAGAGGGGAUUCACCGUGUUGCUAGGGUCUCUUCCUACAGGCAGAAAAACUGACUGCACCUUUUUGACCUCUGUCUGCCACCACAGAAGGUUUAAACCAUUCCUUCAGCCAAAAUUGCCCAUGGGCUUGUCUGCUUCAAGCUGUGUUCCCACAAAUUGCCUUUCUCCGCUUCUGGUGUUUGGAGGAUGUAUUCUGUACUGGCAAAAUAUGGUCCACCCUCUCUGUGCUCUGUAGGUUGAACGGUGGACAUUUGAACCCAGCCUCUUCUACCUGAAAGGAAGCAGCUGUACAAAACCUCUACCUAGAGCGAGGUGUGUGGGAGAUUCCCAGCCAGUAAACUGACACACGUACAGAGAUACUGCAAACAAAUUACCAGAAAAAAAAAAUCCUAUCUAUGUGCAAAACAUAAUCUGCUAGAAUACAGAUCUGUUCACUGACUUGAUCUUCUGUCCCAUCGCCCUGUGUGAUUCCCUGAAUCAGGUGAGCCCUCAAUGGUUGUUGUAAAGAUUUCUUUUUUUUCUUUUACUCUGCUGUAAUUUGAGAGGUGGCCAUGUGUACCGAUGUCCCCUUCGGCCUGGAGUCAUUUCUCAAAGGCUGUAAUCUGAUGUUUACGGAACUUCCUCUCAGGUAGGGCUUGGCACGUGCCCCGGGGCACCUGUACAAGCCAGAAGCAGCUGCAUCGCAGGAAACGUUAUCUUUCCUUCACAGUGGUGGCAAGGAGAAACCCAUGGGGAUGGCUGGAGAGAGGAGGAUGGGCGGGGGUGGGGGGGAGGGGGGGGACAAGACAGCAAUAACUAGUCACCACGCCUUUCCUUAACUCUCAGUUAAAAUAGCUAUUACUUCAGAUGGCCAGCUGCCGCAAAAGCCUCUUGACGUAGCUUCAGCUAUCUUGCCAAUGUUAGGACAACGGUAUCCUCUUCUCCUGCCUGCUGUCCUGUGCAGCAGAGCCUAAAAUUUCUUGCUAGUUGCACAUAGGACAGAGCCGGCACCUCCAGCAUCAGCCUCGCGUAAAUUCACAUUAGUUACACGAGGGGAGGUCAUCGCAGCACCCGUCUCCAGCUUCUCCAUCCCUAUAGCACGAUCAGUCAGGAUGCUUCCAGCCUGCAGGCAGGAUGGGGCAGCAUCCCUGUAGACACCCGCCACCGGGCCCCUCCUAGAUGGACAGUAGGUGAGCGAUCCUGUCCGGAAAUCAGUGUUGGGAUAAGUCAAAUGCCUUGUCUGCAGAGGGGCUAGAGCUUUUGUUCUAAUACACGUUUAUAGGGGUUUUUUGUGUGUGUUCUUAGGGGCACUUUACGGUUCUCUCGUGUGUGCCUGUGUGCGUAUGUGUGCGUUCAGGUGGUGAGAAGUGCAAAGCUGUGUGCAUCCGACACACAGGAUCUAGCUAGAGCCGCCCGUCUCCCCAUGGAAGUGCUCCUAAGUAUGCAGAAAAACAUUUUAUAAAUUGUAUUUUAAAUAAAUGUGUUUAAACUUUUAAAAAAAAAA